AUGGUUUGCGACACGGACAAAGUACGCUAUUAUGAAGCCCACCCGGAUGAGUUUGCCGCCUUUUUCGACAACGAGUUCCCUGGCAUCAUCCCUCAAAUCCUCUCCGCCGAGGAUGUUACCCAGCAAUUUCUUGCGCAUCAAAAGAUCCCUCUGAAAUCCGUCAAGUGCGGCCAGCUGGGCUACAAAGACUGCGCUGUUCUGUUGGGAGACAGCUCCCACAGCAUGACGCCUUUCCAUGCCAUGGGCAUGAUCACCGGGCUUGAAGACGUGAGAAUCUUUUUCCAAGAGUUUCGCGAUCGCGCUGAGCUUGGCGAUCCGAGCAAGCCAUUUUGCACCCCGGGUACAGUUGAGGCCUAUUCCAGACAUCGUCUCCCCGAUGUCCACGCGAUGGUGGACAUGGCUAUGGAGCAUUACUACGAGUUGCGUGUAGGCGUCAGAUCGACUGCAGCCCGGACCAAAAAAGUCGCCGACGCGUUCCUCAGUCGAUGGGUGCCGUCUUUGGAUUGGACAACCCUGUACGCGAGGAUCCAGUUUGGGCAUGAGAGGUUCACUGUUGUCAGAGAGAAGGAGGCAAUGCAGAAGAAGAUCACGCAACGAGUGCUUACAGGUGCCGGGGGGUUGUUGGCGACUAUGGCUUUUGUUAGCGUCAUGAAGUUUGCGGAAGUUGUAUACAAUGAUUACUGCUGGCGUACGCUGGGCACAGCGUCUCCUGUUGACACUAUUGCUAUGCUUUUGCGGCGAUUAUGCCACGUAAAGGUGCUACUUGCCAAGGCCUGGCAAAAAACGUCCAUAUCGGUGGACAGCUUUAUAAAUAUACGCUGGGUGAUCCAGCGACCUACCACCAUGCCAUUCAUCCUGCUGCGCUAUCUUUCAGACUUGCAUCAUUUUUUCCCACCCGUUAUGGCAAUCCUUCAGAGCAGAAGCGGCGGGCCUGCAAUGUCAAAAUAUCUGGGCAACAAUGUCCCAGCGGCUCCCAGCACGGCCGAUACUGAGCUUCUGCCGCUGCAAUCUGGCAUAGCACAGCCCGUGCCUCUAUCUUUGGUGCGAAGAAAAAGCAGCAUCGAUGAUCGGACCGGUGUCGCCAUCUCUUUAUCUCAGGGGCCCGACUCUCCUCCCUCUACGCCAACUGUCGGUGCUGGUGAUGAGGUUCAACCUGAACGUGGGAUCCAGGUGUCCAAGACCAGAGGAGUCUUGGUUAUUGUGACGCUUGCUGGCAUCAGCUUUCUAAAUACAAUGGGCUCUGGCAUACUUAUCGCUGCCCUACCUCGCAUCGCCCGGGAAGUGAACCUCCCACCAGCUCUCGUACUAUGGCCAGCCGCAGUAUUUGCCUUGUCUGCGGGCUGCUUACUCCUGAUCUUUGGUGCCGCUGCAGACGCGAUUGGGGCCAAGCCCGUCUGGAUUGUCGGCAGCUAUCUCUUUGUCAUCUUCACUAUCGCGCUUGGCUUUGCUAAGACUGGUUUGCAAGUCAUCAUGUUUCGCAUGCUGCUAGGCGUGGCAAUAUCUAUGUGUCUACCGACAGCUGUGAGCCUCAUCACCAACACGUUUCCAAAAGGACCGUGGCGCAAUGUAGCCUUUGCUAUGAAUGGUAUGGGACAGCCUCUGGGCUAUGCGAUCGGUUUAGUGCUCGGUGGCAUUUUUACUGAUACGAUUGGCUGGAGAUGGGCAUACUACAUGAUGGCGAUCAUUAAUUUUGUUCUCGCAACAGUGUCUAUCUGGUCUCUGCCUUCAGUGACACCGAUAUCGGACAAGAAGUGGACUCGCCGCCUCACUGAAGACAUAGACUGGCUUGGAGCUGUAAUCAUGAGUGUUGCUCUUGGUCUGUUGCUCUAUGUUUUGGCCACACUUACUACAUCCUAUAAGACAAUCAGGCAGCCUCAAAGUAUUGCUCUGCUAGUUGUCUCGCUGAUUUUGCUAGCCGCCUUUCCAGUGUGGAUGGACUACCAGACCAAACAUGGCCGGCCAGCCCUUAUCCCAAAUAGCCUUUGGCGGAAGGCAUCCUUCACUUCAAUUUGUGUAUCGGUGUUUUUCUGCUGGGCAUCUCUAAAUGGGAUCGAAUACUUUACUACGCUUUACUUUCAGGAGGUCCAGGGUUUAUCUGCAUUACAAAGCUCUAUUCGAUUUCUUCCUCACAUCGUAAUGGGUAUUUGUGUCAAUGCUUUAACAGCAUAUCUUAUAUCGCGUGUUAAGGUUCAUACCCUAGCAGUCGUAUCUGCAUUGAUCACCAUGGUGGCACCGCCAUUGAUGGCUACCGUUACUAUAGGCGAAAAUUACUGGCUUGCGCCAUUCUGGGCAAUGUUUCUCUCGCCAGUAAAUCCUGAUGUACUUUUCACGCUAUCAAACCUAGUCAUCUCUGAUGCGUUUCCUUCCGACACACAAUCCUUAGCGGGUGGUGUUUUUAGCGAAGUUGCUCAAUUCGGUAAUUCGGUCGGUCUCGCAGUGACUGCGGCUAUCGCCGCUUCUGUCACUGAACAUUCGCCAGUCCGGGACCCUAAAGCUGCUUUGAUGGAAGGCUAUCGAGCCGCCUUCUGGACCAUCUUUGCUAGUACAGUUGCCGUACUCGUGACGUCUUUCUUUGGGCUAAGAAAGGGCGGCUAUGUUGGGAAGAAAAAUGAUUAG